CCGAUCUUCCAAGUUUGGAGACUUUUUCCAAACUUGUUCAUCUAUGGUGAAUAAAACUCUUGCAUACGUGUAGAAACCUUAAGACGACGUGCCUUGUUUGGCCGUAUUUGCUCUUAUUAAAGGACAAUAGAUAAGAUAAGAUAAGCUUGCGUGAUGUUUCUGAGGAAAAGUGAAGUUUUAUCGGAUCUAACGGAGGCGCCGCGCAGAAACAAUGCAGCCGAGUAGCUAGCGACCAAAUCACGGAUGUUUUGGAAACAAUUAGUCGCGGAGAGGCUCGCAAUAUGGUCGUUUUUAUGGAGUCUCCUGGUUUGGUGUUUGUCUCCGACCUCUGCGGUGUUUUGUUGCGGCUCCUGUCCGGGGACAUCAUGGUCCAGUCCGGCUCUGCACUCAGGGAGACAAGAGAACCAGUGUGCUGUGCAUGCCUUGCAACAUGACCCAGGGAACAUGUCUACAGGUGAAGUCAGUAGACCAAUGUUGUUUUUUGGAGAGAAUCCACUCUCCUCUUCAGCUUCAGCCGGACCAUGGGGACAAUCUUUCCUCUCGUCAUUUACCUACAUGUCAAACAUAUUGCACCAAAGAAACAGCAGAAGCACGCUCACCAGACAACGCCCCCGCCACCCUCUGCCUCAGGUACACAAUGUGGCCCCUCCACCUUCAUUUGGGGUCAAAUUUCAAAAGUGCGCGAAGGUGAAGCUUGACACUGAUCCCCCUCAGUUGUCAUUCUUCCUGCUGAUCCACAACAUGGGCCCUGUGGGUGGCACCAACCUGUCUCAGGUGGCUAUCCGGGACUCUAUUUCUGGAAUAAUACCUCUAAAAACUGAAGGCAGGGUAGUGGAACGAGGCUACCAGACAUUUGCUAUCGACUCACUAUUGGCUGGAUUCCAAGUUGUUGUUAAUUAUACUGCUCACGUAAGGAGUCACAAGAGUGAAAUCCUUGAUCUACCGGCUUUCCUCACAUUUUCUAACGCCUCACAGAAUGACGUGAGUAUGUUUGGGCCGUUGACGGCUAAUCUAACUCUAAGGGUUAAUUCCACUGACAGGAUCUAUCCAAACCAUGGAGUCCACUUUGCUGGAUUCGUUGCAGGGUUUUUUGUCACUUUGGUGCUGCUCUCGUUAGGGUUUCUUGCAAUGAACCUGACGGGUCCCCGAACAAGACUGAGCCUUCUCCAGCAGAAGAGAGACAGAGGUGACUCAGACCCUGAGUACGCAGACUGCAAUAUGAGCGAGACAGCGAAAGAAGAAGCCACAUUUGAGGACAAGAUGGUGGAUGUGAUGGUGUUGGAAGAACCUCAAAACAUGUACCAGGCUUUGGAAAACCUUGAGAUGUCUUCACUGCUGCAUGCCACCAGUAACCUGGAAGCCACCCGGAUUCAGAUUUACAAAGACGUGAUAUCCUGCUUGCUCAGUAGCCUGCGCUCACGUGGCCAGGCCAGUGCCCAAGCGCAGCAGAGGUUGUUCAGCGUGCUUAACGGACAGCUGCUGGGCAUGGAAGGGCGGCUGAAGGAGGAGCGAGGGGCUCGCAUGGCUGCUCUGGCUGGCCAGUGUAACCUGGAGACCCGGGAAGAAAUGGAGGCGGAGCAUCGUAGGGAAGCUGCAGAGAAGGCCCAGGCUGAGCAACUCUGUCAACAUGCAGACCAGCAGGAGCUUCUCCAGUGCAGCGUCCUCCUGGAUAAGCUGCACAAGAUGAGCCAGACGCGGCUUCAGCGAUUGCUUUUGGUCCGACACGAAGAAGCCUCUGCGAAAGUCCAGAGACAGAUCAUUGAGUGGCGACGCGUGGAGCUUCAUAAGAUCUUCUCAGAGGAACUGGAGGAGGCCACGAGGACGGGAGAGUUAGAGAAGAGCACAACAAGGAGUCUUCAGCAUCAGUAUUUUGUCUAUCAGGAUCAGCUAGAGGAGGUGCUGGAUGUAGUCUUUGCUAAUCAGCGUUAUGUGCUGGCGGAGCGCAAUGCGCAGAGAAAGUUCCUGGUACACAGCCUCCACAGCCUCAACAGCCUGAUUUCUGGCACCUUCUCCAGCACUUCCAGCAACUUGGACACCUGGUUCACUCACAUCCGGAGAGGGAGCAUCGUACCUGCAGAGCAGAUAGACCAGCUGCAGGAAAAGGCACAGAAAGAACUUAUGAUGGUGAGGCAACGUCUGGAUGAGACUCUGAACCAAGAGAGGAGGGCUAUGCGCUGUGGACUGAUUAGGAAGAGGAGGGAGCUCAUUUCUGACAUGGUAAGGGCCCACAAACAGAGACAGAGGGAUUUGUCAAGUAUGUCCAGAGGCCUGGAGGAACAGGCGGAUGUAGUGCAGCACCUGCACUGCUGGCAGAGUUUACUUACAGCUCAGAGCUUGGAGCUAGCAGAGCUCAUCAACAGCCUGGAUGAAGAGGCUGCUGCAGACAUCCGCAAGGUGACAAUGCGAGUGAUACAAGGUGCCAUAACUGAUGUCAAAGCCAUACAGCCUUCUGCCAUUCAGGCUGCGCUAACACUCGUGCCUCCAGGGACAAAACACCUCUUGCUGCAGGUGGAACCAGAUGCGGGACCAGGUCAGGGCACCACUCAAGGGGCUGGUGCUCUUCUGCAGGGCCAGGAGAAGCUCCAUCAGGAAGGCAAGGCAGCCUUACGUACCCUCAGCUGCACCAGGGAAGCUUUGCAGGAAGGGAUGGAGAAAGAGCUGCAGGAGCAGAAAGCGCUCAGGGCUCACUUCAGAGUUUUCUUCAGGUGUUUGUGUUUGUCCCAGCUGGCCCAGUCAGAAGAUGACAGGCUGAGGAUGAAGCUGGACUUUCAGAAGUGUCUGUCUGUGAUAGACCGCUGUCUGGUCCUGCCUCACGCCACCUCCAGAACUAAACUUCAUGUUGCCCUCACGGCUUGGAGAGAAGAAAGCGAAGAGCACAUGCAGACAAGUACGCAGUCUAAGGGAAAAGCCACCGAGGUCAGAAAGAAGAAAGCUGCAUCUGAUGUGCUGCUUUUCCAGAGGAAACUCGAGGAGAGGAUUCAGCUGUUCGAGAAGGAGAUGGAGAUGGAGAAUGGUGUGAUGAUUAAGGUGUUGGAGGAAAUGCAGAGGGAGAGAGAAGAUUUCCUGAACUUGCAGGCAGACAGCAUGGCGAUGGAGAUGGCCACAAUCCACUACCAGAAGGCUGAGAGGCGGACUAAAGUUCUGGAGACGGCCAGAGCUGUGCUCACCCUGCAGAACCUGCUCAUCCAACAGCUCGGAGAGAGAAAAAACCUAGGGAAACAAGACAUGGCUCAGAGUAUAAAGAGCCACUGCUCGGGCCUGGAAGAAGCAGAGCAACAGCUUCAGAAGGAGAUGGAUGGCCUGCACAUGCCUCAGUCUGGAGUAGUGUUGAGUAAAAUCCACCAAGAAGUCUCUGAAGGAGAGGAGCCCAGCGAGGAAGAUGAUGUGUUUCAUUUGCAGUCAGAAUACAGGAUGAUGUUCAUCCUCCAGCAAGCACUUCAGAAGUGUGAGCAGGUUAUCGCACUGACGAUUGACAGGUUUCAAAAAUGUACUGACAAUGAUCAAUCUAUGGAAGAUCAGAAAGAGGAAAUGGACCUCAAGAGACUUUACGCAAACUGCGACCAGGAUCUGGAGUUUGCCUCUCAGCUGGUGAAACAGAGCCAGGUGUCUGCUGAGGUCGUCCUAGAAGCCCUACGUCUCCUCCUUCCCGCCCUCCCAGAAAGUGAAUUGCUUUCAAUCACUGACGCCCUCUGCCCCAAACACCAUCCUGUUUCAACUUCUGCAGAGCAGGAGAUCUCUGGGUGUGCUGGAGAGCUGAGCAGAGUUAUUCCUGCCAAACUGCGGGAAGAUGUGGUGCGGAAAAAUAUGCAAAAUAUGCCAGGAUUCGCUAUGGAAAGAGAAAAACUCCAGGAGAGGAGGCAAAGUCUGAUGGAAAAAGUGUUCCCCAGGUCCAGUCUCCUGCUUCCAAAAGAUGUCGUGCCGAUGCUAGCUGAGGAGAAAGGAAAAGGGGACAAUUUAAACAAAGUACCACAACCUUCUCAUAAAUCUGCCGUCCCUGGUAAACGGCAGCAGAGCGACAAGGUGCACACGGAGAAAGAAGGAGCGCACAGCGCAGCAGAGGGAUACGUGACUGCGGCGUCUGCCAGCUCGGCCACGGGAGAACGCUUGUUUGUGUUUCGAGAUCCAACUGAAACGUGUGACAGAGUAGAUAUCCCUAAAAGAAAAAGGAAGAGGAAUUUCCUCAAUUUGAAGAAAGGAUCAGUAGCACCAACAAUCUUACCAUGAGAUGUAUACACAAGGUCUUUUGUAUUUUUUUGUUUUAAUGUUUGUUUAUGGUAUAAUAUAUGUUCAAAAUAAAAUUGAAAAUAGUUUUACAGUGUAGGACAACAGCAUUCUCUGUACUUUUCCAUGUGUAUGAGACAUCUGGCUUUGUUUUUUUGUUUUUUAUGGUGUGCAGUGGCUCUGCAGGAGAACCACAAUAUCGUAUUGCAUCGUACAAUGACAGUAAAGGCUUUUCUAUUGUAUCCUUUCAAGUAAAAGCAGCUGACCUAAACUGCUGCCAGUUAUUUCUUCUAAUUUCUUAACAAACACAUCAUAGAUACAGUUACAUCUGGAAAUAUUUGGACAUUGAUCCAACUUUUUUUAAUUGACCUGUUUAUCAAAAUGUAUUAGAGCUACAGUUUUACAGUGGAAAUGGGCUUAAAGUCCCACAUUUGAUUUCAAUUUGAAGGUAUUCACGUCCAUAUUUGAGGGUAGUUUGAGAAACUGCAGUUUAAUAUCAAGUAACUCCUUCAUGAACACAUAAAUACUCAGAAAUGCUGGUUAUUUCUUUGUUUUUUCCUCGUUUUUUAGGCAAGCAAAAGGCCUGGAGCCAAUUCCAAAAGUGAAAUUUGCCAAAAAAACAAACCAAACAGAGGAACAUGAGCAUGAGUGGUAGCUAGAAGGGCACAGAUGACUAUCAGAGUAUAGGAAUGCAUGUCAGCAGCCAAAUGCUGUGGUGCUGACCGAACAUUGCUUCACGGUGUCAAUGGACAAAGACAGAGAUAAUGCAAAAGCAACACAAGGCAUUCAGUUGUAAAAUGUAUUAUUAUUAUUUUGAGUCAGUAAUUUGAAAUGAAAUGAAAGUUAAAGGACCUACAAACAACAAAACACAGCUUUAGGGAUUUCAAUGCAUAGUUUAUGCUCCUUUAAAAAUGUAAUUUGAACGAUUUGAAAAGAAGAAUCUGAAAAUGAAUUCCUGGAACCUUCCAUGUAUUUGAUUUUGAAUGCCCUCAUAUUAACCCUGAGUCUUUAGGAGAAACAUCUAAGUUAAGCUGUAACGUUUACUAACCAAAUACACCUUUUUAUGCACCUGUAUUUUUAGAUCCAAAAGUCUGAUCAUCACGUUUGCCAGUUUGGUGGAUCAUUCACGUCUAUGUUAACAAUGUCAAACAGGAAUGACGUCAGCAAUGAUCUUCCCAUCAAUAUGGGAGAGGUCGUGAGGACAUUUCCCCCCAAACGGGGCUUUAUGAGUCCAUCAUUGCUCUUUAAAGUAAGAAAGCUUAUGUGAAAAACAUCUGGUUGUCAGUCUUUCUAACGAGUUGAUGACAUCCACUAAAGUUCACCCCAAUGUGAUGUCACACUGAACUUCCCAUUAAAAAGACCUGCAGCUACAUUUCAGCCUCUGCAGACCCUAAUUAUUUAGAAAAAUUAAGUCUUUUAUGAAGCAUUUUCUAUAAUAUAACAUUGAUAAAUUUAAUCUAAGCAGGCCACAAUCCUUGAGACGCCUGUCAGUAAUGAGAGCACUCUGAGAAAAACGAGGCGUAGCAGCUGUCCAGUACCGUGGAUGAGGGAUGGUGAUCAGCACCUGUCAAGUUGUAGUCGGCCACACAUGUCAAGCCAUAUGUACACCUGCUAAAGUUCACGAGAUUUACAAAAUAGAAAUAAA